GCGCCGCUCAGCGUCAAGAUGACAGCGCCCGUCGCGCAGCUCAGCGACGUGGCGCUCGAGGGAGCGCUCGCCCCGCUGGCGCGCGCCAGGGUCGAGCUGGCGCUCGCCGCCGCGCGGCUCGACGGCGCGCUGCCGGCGCCCGUCGCGCAGGCACUCGAGGCAGGACUCGCCCCGCACGCGGGCGCCAGGGUCGAGGUCGAGAUGGCGCUCGCCGACCUGCUGCCCAACGUUGAGAUGCCAAUGCCCGCCGCGUGGCUCCGCGGCGCAGUGUUCGGGACAGUGCUCGUCCCGCUCGUGGUCGUCAGGGUCGAGCUGGUGCUGUUCCUGGGCGCACUGUCCCGCGGUGCUCUGCGGGUGCUCGUCGCGGCGGUCAGCGACGCGCUCUCCCGCAUACCGCGCGGCGUUAAGAUGCUACUGCCCGUUGCGCAGCUCAGAAACGCGGCACUCGAGGCAGGGUUCGUCCUGGUCGCGGGCGUCGAGGUGGAGUUGGCGCCCACCGACGCGCAGCCCAAGGUUGGCACGCCAGCGCCGGCCGCAGCGCUCAGCGACGCGGCGUUUCAGACAGCAUUCGUCCCGCGCUUGUGUUUCGGGGCCACUCUGCUGCUCCCCAGCGCGCUGCUCGACGUUUCGCUGCUGGCGCAGGCCGCGGUGCUCGCCGACGCGGCGCGCGAGGCGGCGCUCGCCCCGCCCGCGGGCGUCGGGGUCGAGCUGCUACUUUCCGACGCACCGCUCCACGCCGGGGUGCUACUAGCGCCCGUCGCGUUGCCCAGGAACGCGGCGCUCGAGGCAGCGCUCGCCCCGCUGACGCCCGUCAGGGUCAAGCUGGCGCUCGCCGACGCGCUGCUCGACGGUGCGCCGCUGGUCGCGGUCGCGCUGCCCGGGGGCGCGGUAUCCGAGGUAGUUCCGACUUGUCCCGCUCAUGGACGUCAGAGUCAAGUUGCGCCUCUCCAGCGCGGCGCUCAGCGUCGAGAUGCCAUGCGCGCCGUGGCGGUCCGCAAGUAUGUGGGGGUCGGAACGGUGCUCUCCGACGCGCUGCUCAACGUCUCGGCGCCAGUGCCCGUCGCGCUGCGCGGCGACGCGGUGCUCGAGGCAGUGCUCGCCCCGCUGGCGCAGGUCAGGGUCGAGCUGGUGCUCGCCGACGCGUUGCUCAAAUGUGCGCUGGUCGCAACCGUCGUGGCGGCCAGCGACGCAGUGCUCAAGACAGUGUUCGUGCUUCUCGUGGGCGCCAGGGUAGAUUUGGCGCUGUCCGACGCGAUGCUGACCAAGGUCGAGAUGCCAGUGUGCGUCGCGUUGACUGGCGACGUCGCACUCGAGGAAGUACUCGCCCUACUCGAGAGCGUCAGGGUUGAGUUGCUGCUCUCCAGCGCGCUGCUCGACGUCGCAAUGUCAGUGCCCCUCGCGGCGGUCAGCGACCUGAUGAUGAGGGCCGUGCCCUUCCCCCUCGUGGACGUCGGGGUCGAGGUAUUCGCCCCGCAAAUAGACGUCUGGAUUGAGCUGGUGCUCGCCGCCGUGCUGCUAAACGUUGAGAUGAUGUUGCUCGUCAUGUUCUUGGUGCCCGCUGUGGCCGAGAACGUAGCGCUCGAGGCGCCGCUCGUCUCUCCCGCGAGCAUCGGGGCCAAGCAGCUGCUCGCCGACGCGCUGCUGCACGUCGAAGUGCUCGCGCCCAUCAUGUUGCUCAGCGACGCGGCAUCCGAGGCUGCGCUCGUCUUUGGCGUGCAUGUCCGGAUGCGCUGCUGGUGCCGGUCACGGUGCUCGGCGACGCGGUACCUGACAGUGCUCGCCCCCUUCGUGGACGUCGGGGGCGAGCUGCUGAUUCCCGACGCGUUGUCCAUGGUCGAGAUGCCCGUGGCCGUCGCGCUGCCGGGGGACGUGGUAUUCGAGAGAGCG